AUGGGGAUGAUUCAUCAGUUCGUGAAGUCCAUGCCAAUGGGCUUUGCAUGAAAACUACAGAAGUUGAAGCAAAACUUGAUGAGGGAAAUAUUCUAGAGGCAGAAUCGUCAUUACGUGAGGGCUUGUCGCUUAAUUUUGAGACUGUUGCUACAUGGUUUUCCACCUAAAUUUUCAGGAAGCAAGGGCUCUUCUUGGGAGGUUGGAAUAUCAAAGAGGAAAUGUAGAGGGUGCUCUUCGUGUGUUUGAAGGCAUUGAUCUCCAGGCAGCUAUCCAGCGGUUGCAACCUUUUGCUGCUGAGAAACAAACUUCCAGAAAGAGCCGCUCUCGAACAGAAUCACCACAUGUGGUUUCACAGCAUGCUGCUAGCUUGGUCCUUGAAGCCAUAUAUUUGAAAGCAAAGUCUUUACAAAAGCUGGGCAGACUGAGUGAGGCUGCAAAUGAAUGUAAAAGUGUUCUUGAUGCUGUUGAGAGGAUCUUCCAUCAGGGAAUACCUGAUGUGCAGGUGGACAAUAAAUUACAGGAGACAGUUAGCCAUGCUGUGGAGCUUCUCCCGGAGCUGUGGAAGCAGGCUGGGUGCUAUCCUGAAGCAAUGUUAUCUUAUAGACGUGCCCUUCUUAGCCAGUGGAACCUUGACAAUGACUGUUGUGCAAGAAUUCAGAAAGCAUUUGCAGUCUUUCUGCUGUACAGUGGAGUGGAGGCUGGCCCACCUAGUCUAGCUGUUCAAGUUGAUGGAUCCUAUGUCCCUAAGAAUAAUUUGGAAGAGGCCAUUCUACUUCUGUUGAUUCUGAUGAGAAAGUUCUCCCUAGGUAUUGUCCAGUGGGAUCCUUCAGUUAUGGAGCACCUCACUUUUGCACUGUCUCUAUGCAGCCAAACUUCUGUCUUGGCUAAGCAAGUUGAGGAAAUAAUGCCUGGAGUAUACCAUCGCAUAGAUCGUUGGAAUACUCUGGCUCUUUGUUAUAGUGGGGCAGGACAGAAUAGAGUUGCCCUGAAUCUGUUGAGGAAAUCACUACACAAGCAUGAACGACCAGAUGACCUAACAGCAUUAUUGUUGGCUGCCAAAAUCUGCUCUGAUGAUUCCUUGCUUGCUGCUGAGGGAGUUGGAUAUGCACAAAGGGCAAUUACUACUGCUUCUAAGGGAGUGGAAGAGCAUUUGAAAGGCGUGGGCCUGCGGGUACAGGGUCUAUGUUUGGGAAAGCAAGCCAAAAUAUCUUCCUCUGAUUUUGAGAGAUCUCAUCUUCAAUCUGAAGCUCUAAAAUCUUUAGAGGCUGCUUUGGUGUUAGAGCCCAACAACACAGAUUUGAUUUUUGAGUUAGGAGUUCAAUAUGCAGAGCAUCGUAAUCUGGAUGCAGCAUUGCGCUUUGCCAAGCUGUUCGUAGAUGCAACUGGAGGUUCAUUGUUGAAGGGUUGGAGAUUACUUGCCCUAGUUUUAUCCGCUCAACAGAGGUUUUCUGAGGCUGAAGUGGUCACUGAUGCUGCUUUGGAUGAGACUGCAAAAUGGGAACAGGGGCCCUUGCUUCGAUUGAAGGCGAAGCUUAGAAUCUCCCAAUCACUACCAUUGGAUGCUAUUGAUACAUACAAAUACCUUCUUGCAUUGGUUCAAGCCCAAAGGAAAUCUUUCGGGCCUGUAAGAAGUAUUUCUCAGGCGGAGGAUGAUAAAGAUAAUGAGUUUGAAGUUUGGCAUGGUCUUGCGAAUUUGUAUUCUGGCCUUUCACAUUGGAAGGAUGCAGAGAUAUGCUUGGCAAAAGCCAGAGAGUCAAAAGCAUAUUCAGCUGAAGCUCUACAAACUGAAGGUAUAAUGCAUGAGAAACGGGGACAAAUCCAUGAAGCUUUGUCUGCCUACAUUAACGCUCUUUUGUUGGAACCGUGCUACGUCCCUUGUAAGAUCUUGAUCAGCGGGCUCUUAUUGAAGAUGGGCCCAGCGGCAUUGCCUGUUGCAAGAGGUUUACUUGCAGAUGCAUUAAGGAUAGAACCUACCAACCGAUUGGCUUGGUAUUACUUGGGUCUGGUUCACAAGGAUGAUGGUCGCAUGGCUGAUGCUACAGAUUGCUUUCAGGCAGCCUCUAUGCUAGAAGAAUCCGACCCAGUGGAAAGCUUCAGCUCUGCGGUGUGAUCGAUGUCCCCAACACAGCCUGUGCGAUCUUCAACGUAUUCAUUAAUGUGGCAGUUACCUCUUCAGAUUUGGAGGAGGGAUUAACUUAAGGAGACAUUUUGCCUAGCUACUCAUUUAGAGGUCAUUGAUCUGACGCAGCCCUACUCCACAAGGAAGCAAGAAUUGAAACGGACCGAUGGCAUAAAAUGCGACGGAUGAGAAAAAAGAAGAAAAGAAACGGCGUGAGUCGACUUAUAGGAUCAUAGAGGACUUAGUCUGGAGGAGAUUUUUGUUGCUCUUGAUUGAUUUUUGCCAUUCUUGCUCAGAUAUGUAAAUUUUUGUGCUGUUUUCACUGGGCAAUUUGGGUUGGAGGCGAAUUAAAAUUAUUCAUUUUUCAAUUAUGAUGGUUCCUGAUGUAUCAAAUGUAUAUUUUUUUUUUUAACAUAAUCCAAAUUGUUGCAUUUAUAGUGA